AUGUGGAAAGAGCAGAUAGGAUCUCACAUUCUCAUGAGUCCCGAGGACACGCUGGCGCCUGACUGCAGAGCAGCGUGUGGCUAUAGAUUAAAUCUCCAUGCUCCUCCUGCUGCAGAGCUCCUGCUGCUGAAGAUAGCCGAGGAAGCUCCUGGAUUUCUCAUGGCGGUGUUUGGGUGUCCGAGAGAGAAGGAGAGGGAGGUUUGGGAGGCCGUAGUGAAUGCAGAGCGGGAUUCCACCUCAGCUGUCGUGCUUUGUCUAUCAGGAGCCGCACUUGUGUACUGUGCAUUCAGAGCAGAGCCUGAGACACCGGGAAGCGCUAACGCUGAUCUGGUGCUGCGCAGAAGCAGACGACACAAGCUUAAAGCAAGGAAAGCUACAAACUAUAAGAUCAGCUGUCUUUCCGAGCUUAACACUCAUCAGUACCUGACGGCGCUGCGGGCUUUGCAUGUGGUUUUUUGGAAAUGCGAUUGUGAUGCUCUGAACAGUUUGUGCGUGUCAGGACUGAUUAGAGUCCUGUUAGCAAUCGGCGGGAAGCAGUGCCAAAUGUGCAGAUACAGUAGCAUCGGGGAGGACGGGACGCCACAUGCUGAGGCCGUCCUUUACCAGCCAGCCGGCAUGAAGGUUGCGUGUGUCCCGUGUGUCCCCAGGCCCCCUCAGCAGGCGGCAGCGCCGGAUCUGGAGGUGAUCUCCCAGCAGGUGGAGGAUGAAGGCCAGUGCAUGGCUCCAGUGCAGCUGGUCAGCUUCGCCUACAGGGACCUUCCUCUAGCUGCCCUGGACCUCUCGCUGGCUGGAUCCCAGCUACUUUCCAAUCUGGAUGAAGAGGACAACCAAGAGGGGUCUAACUGGCUGAAGCCGUGCUGCGGGAGGAGAGCAGCGCUGUGGCAGGUGUGCUUGCUGAGUGCCGGCUUCAACUGUUUCCUGGUGGCCUGUGUCGUCUUGGUGGUGCUCCUACUGACUGUGGAACUGCUCAUUGAUACUAAGCUCUUACAAUUUAAUAAUGCAUUCCAGUUCGCCUGUAUCAUCCACUGGAUCAGCCUGGUCAUCCUGUCCGUGUUCUUCACUGAGACUGUCUUUAGGAUUGUGGUGCUCGGGAUUUGGGAUUAUAUAGAGAACAAAGUUGAGGUGUUUGACGGUGCUGUGAUAGUACUCUCUCUGGCCCCAAUGGUGGCCUCCACGGUGGCUAACGGCCCCAGCAGCCCCUGGGAUGCCAUCAGCCUCAUCAUCACCCUCCGCAUCUGGAGAGUCAAGAGAAUCAUUGACGCGUACGUGCUGCAGGUGAAGGUGGAGAUGGAGCUGGAGAUCCAGCAGUAUGAGAAGACCAAAGCUGUGAGGGAGGAGCAGCUGGAGAGACUCACACAGAUCUGUCAGGAACAGGCCUUUGAGAUCAGACAGCUGAGGGCUCACCUGGCGCAGCAGGACUUGGAUCUGGCCGCUGAGCGCGAGGCCGCUAUGCAGAUCCAUCAUGUGUGGGGCAAACAGAGCAGCAGCUUCCAGGAAAUAGACGGCCUGGGACCCGCUGGAUCUGACAACACCAGAGAGCCCAGACCACCUCCAGAGAGCGUCGUUCAGGAUGAUAUGAAUAACUACAUCAGUCAGUAUUACAGUGAGCCAAGUAGCGACAUCGGGGUGCCCGACCCUGGUGCACGUGUCAUAACCACAGCAGCCAUCGAUGUCCACCUUCCUACCAACCCCAACCAGUUGCCGCCUUCCCUCGUCAGUGCUGACGGCCCAGGAAGUGGCCAGGAGCGCACGGGCAGCUGUGUAAGUGAAGCGUCCAGCACGACCAUGUCCCGGUCCAGCUGCAGCUUCACAGCCCGGCAGCACAGCGUCAGCAGCCACACGCUGGGCUCCACGACUGACUGCAGCUCGACCGUACGGGAGGCCUCCACCUCCGACUACAGCGGCCAGCGCUGCUGUCCUCCUCCGUACUGCAGCCCUUUGACCCUCGGCACACAACCGGGUGUCCACGACCCCAGCGCGGUGGUCAAAGAGCUGCUCUCUUCCCUGUCUGAGGACUCCUGCCUGGCACAGAAAGGCAGGGUGGACCCGGUCAACCUUAAACUGCCCAGUCCGGCAGGGUCAGUGAAGGCCAGUCCGGAACUGGAGCACAGGGUGAACAUAUACAACAAGAGAAACCAGGAAAGUCUGGGCGUAUUCCAGACCAAGCCACUAAUUCACCUGCAGGGGACCGAGCCAUCUCUGGAGGAGAAGUACAGGCUUAUGGAGCCGGCAGAUACUCCACUGAGCCAUAUACCGGACACAUAGAGCAUGAAGUUUGGGACGGUGACCACCAACACCAGCUGAAGCAGCCUCUCUCUUGGCCUCUCUCUCUAUAUCGCUUACUCACUGGCUGUGUCGGAAACAUGAAAAAUAAUGCCUUCACUGGCAGUGUCCUGAGGUAGGGAGGCAUAUCCCAGUGUAAUGUUUGUGGAACAUCCUCUACGGAAAGAGAGUGUGACUGGCCAAGUAGUUUCCUUAUCAGGCCACUUUCCUGCAGAGUUCAGGUCCGAAUCUGCUUCCCGUAGUUUUUAAGCAGUCCACAACACUUUGGUAGGUUGGUUGAGGUUUGUUUGCAAAGGAUCAGAGCUAAAUUCUGUGUGAAGGUAACUCUGGAGGAGCAGGGUUAGCUACCCCUGCUUCUUUUUGCAAGAUUUAUAGGAAUUGCCUCAUCACAAGUGGUACAAAAAUAAAGGCUGGAAUGAACUACGUUUCUAUUAAAAUCUGGAGAGUAAGUAUCAUAAAUUGUCAUAAACUUUGUAAAUCAUUACAGAAAACAACAUCAUGCACUAAACAACUGAGGAUCACACACUACCAGAACUCCUGCAGAAACAUGCCUUGUUGACAGAAAAUGAAAACUGAAGAAGCAAAUCAAGGUCUAGGGUUAACUAGAAACUACAGGCAGGGAAGUUUUUAUCAAAGUUGGAGCAAAACUCUGCAGUGAUCCAGGACUGAUGCUGGCCAACCCUAUUCUCGGCAGAAGUCAUAAAGUUUUAUUCCAGAGUUAAGUUUCUGUCAGACUCUGCAGGAUCGUGGCUCAUAAACGAGCUCUGAAGUCGAAUAUCAGCGUAAAUAGUUCACUAUUUGGCGCGCCCCCCUACUAUCGAAAUGCCUUCAUUUGGUCAAUACAUUGGACAUAUCAUUCCCCGUCUAUGAUAUCCCAACAGCUGGUUCAGUAGUUACUUGAAAAUUCGCUGAUGGGAUAGUUUAAAGACUUUAUAAAUAUUUACAAAGACAUAGGUGGGAAUCGACAGAUCUGGGCAUAUAGGGUUUUCGAAGUCUGACUAAAACCUGAAUGCAUGGUUCUUCAAUUCUGGCUCGUUUAACACAAACACUUUUUUUAAAGAUUUAUUUUUGCGAUUUUGCAUUUUUAUUUGGAUAGGUAUGCAAGACAGGAAGUAAAAUGGGAUGGAACAGGGCGAGAUUGGCAAAGGUCUGCGUGCUGGGUUUAAGUGAAAGAAUUUGGAUGAUAACUGGUGAUCUUUUACAUUGACAUAAUUUGUUUUUACAAUACAAGAGAGCUGAAAACAUUAUUUUGCGAUGCAUAGAUUUCAUAUCUGAAAGAGAUUUGUACAUGUGUUCAUUUUAUGAAACACACGUACACAUAUUCGAGAAAUUAUCACAAGAUGGGUUCUUCGCAACGUUUUAUAAAUGAGACCACAGGGACAGAUCUGAGGAACCCUGGCUUGAAGAUAGUUUACCCUAAAACAAGAACUUUGUUUAUCUGCUUACCCCCGGGCAAGCAAGAUGUAGAUGACUUAUUUUUUUUAAGUAGAACACAAUAAAAGAUUUUUAACUCAAACCAUUGCAGUUGCCAUUCUUAUUAUGUAAGUCAAUGGGCACACAAUCUUUGGGAGUUAAAACACAGACAAAUCCAAAUUAAACUCUGCCGCUUGUGACAAUAAAAUUAUAAGACACUAAAUGAUAGCUUUGUGCAAGAAACUGAACAGCAAUUAUGUAUUAUAUUUUUUUAACUGAUACUUGACCUUAAUGUCCGACUCGUUCACAACAUCCGGCACAUCACGCAUCAGUGUGCUCUGACACACACACACACACACGCAUACACAUAUAUAUACACACAUAGAUCCUUACAUAUCGCGGCCCAUAGAAACAGUCGCUAACAAGCAAUCAACUUUUUUUGAGCAAUGUUGCUUGUGCUAUUUUAAAUUGAAAAUGGGUAACAAAUUUCUAUCAUUUAGAUCACUCUUGGGCUGUGUGUCUCACCUUCUUGAGUCGGACAUUGUGGGGUAUCAGAGGGAAAAAAUUCGGAAAACACUGUUCAGUUUCUUGCACAAGCAGAACGUUUCCUGUCUUAAGACAUCAAUGUAUCGUCACGAGCCGUAGAGUUUAAUUUUUAUUUGUGCAUGGUUUUUUAAUCUCAAAGAUUGUGUGCCCAUUGACUUGCAUAAUAUGACACACCCUGCAACAUUUAGAGUUAAAAACCUUCGAUUGUGUUCCUAUGAAGAAACAAAGUCACCUACAUCUUGGAUGAACUAUCCCUUUGAGGUUUACCUUCAUCCAAAAACUUUGAGUGAUUAGGCAGCAGUUUCUUGUUUCGGACACAGCCAAUCUGUCUUUCUCUUUCUGUGUCAAACAGCACUAUGAUACUCUCUCCCAGGUUUCAUGUUCUCAGAAAGGGGCACAGGAAGUGACAUGAGGAUAAUGCUCUCUGCUACCCGCCUCAUGCAACGUUCCUUCUUACAGAUGCACAUUUCUUUUUCUUUCUCUCUCUCUCCAACUCUGCAAGAGCACUUGAACUGUGUCACUCCUGCCAAAAUUGCACAACCUUCCAAGGAGUCAGGGAGAGGUACUUUGGGAGCCAUCAUUGGAAGAUCCUUCAGGAAUUUCAGUCUGUCUGUUGGGCGAGUGGUGUAUGAAACCAGCAAAAACACACUCUUUUAGACGGUAGACCAAUAUCGGAGUGUGGCUGGAAGACUUAUCAUGUGUUCUCAUUCAGGGUGGCGUGGGAGGGAGUUUUUAUUUGUCAAUUUGUUAAUUUGUACGAAAUGUAACUGACACACAAUGUACAGUCCUUUUCCCCCAAUGCUGCAGGGUUACAUUUGAUCCGUGUUCAAAUGUGUCAAGCUGUGUGAUUCAGCCAAAUUUCUUACCUUUGCCUUUCUUACAUUACUGAUGCUGAUGUUUGUAUUCAAAUUCUAUGCGAGAAAAAAAAAAAAGUGCUAAACUCAAGUAUUUUUAAAACACGGGAGAGCAAACGAUAGGCGAACAUUUCAGGUAUACAGUAUUAGAAGAUUUUUAUGAGAAAUUAUGGUUAGAAUGUUGUCAUAACCCUAAACCUUAACCCCCGUCCCAAUAGCAUGAGCCUUUGAAAAGAUCUAUCUGCUUUCUGACCGAGGCAAAUUAAUCCUGUGUUAUCGACAAAGGAUUUUAUAAACUGAUAAUGGGAGAGAUUGUCAAGCAAUUAAAAGUUGGUCAAUUCAAA